AUGCUUUAUGGUCAUCGACUACAGCACUUCCGAACCCGACCGCAAUCGUUCCUUCGCUUACCACUGAAGAGAAUAGAUGACUGCUUUGCCGACAUGGUAUUCUCGCGCGCAGAAUCCCUGUCGGAGAAUGGAACACGUCUACUGGAAGAGCUGAGCACAGAGAAAUCAGGCCUAUCAAGCCCAGCUCAGGCACUUGGCGUUCCCAUUACAGCAACACACACGACGUCAAUCAACAUCCUUGUAGCCGAACACAAUCAAGUUGUGAGAAAGUUCAUCGCCAGGCAAAUGGACGGAUUAGGGCACAAUUGCGUGUACGACUUCGCAUGUAAUGGCCAGGAGGCAUUCGAGGCAUACAAGAAAGGCUACCAGACCUAUCAAUGCAUCUUGAUGCAGCCUUCGAUGCCCGUCAUUGAUGGUCUGCAUGCCACAAGACUCAUUCGCGCAUUCGAAAUCGAGAAUGGCCUGAAGCCGUGUUAUAUUGUAGUUAUGGCUGCUGGCAUAUCAAUGAGGCUAGAUAUGGAUAGAACUCGCAGUCUUGGUUUCGACACAUUGAUACAGAAACCAUUCAAGACAGAGGGUUUAGAGAGGCUUCUGGUUGAACUAGGUCUCGUUCCGAAAGGACCAAUGGAUUCCUUCCAAGACUAA